UAUUAUAAUGGUAACUCCAAAAACACAUGGAAUCUUCGAUAAAAUUCGUUCUUAGCGCCGGCAUAGUCGCGAAUAUUCUAGAUAUCAAGAUUUAAACGGAUUCGAAAAUAAUUAUAGUCAUUUGUCUUACGUCUUAACAGAAAACACGUAAGAAAUGGCCAACGUAACGAAAAAAUUAAUUCCCCUGCUGGACAGAGUACUCAUUAAGAGAGCAGAGGCAGUUACAAAGACUGCCGGUGGUAUCGUUAUUCCAGAGAAGGCGCAGUCGAAGGUACUUCACGGAGAAGUGGUAGCUGUUGGCCCCGGCUCAAGAAAAGAUAAUGGAGACUUCGUCCCAUUGCUUGUCAAAGUAGGAGACAAAGUCCUCUUACCAGAAUACGGGGGCACCAAAGUUAGUCUAGAAAACGACGAGAAGGAGUAUCAUCUUUUCAGAGAAUCUGAUAUCUUGGCGAAGAUUGAAAAUUAAAUAUAGUGUUAGUUUUAUUUUUACGCGGUUUCGAAUUAAUUGGUUAGUUAGUACUCGUAGUGUAUGAACAUGAUGUGAUUGUGUAAUAUGUUCAAUUCUGUGGAGCAUGCUGUUAUCUUCUUUGCAUUUAUUAUAACAUUGUUAUAAAA